GUAAACCCCAAUUUUGUCACCUGCAAAAUGGAAGUUAUCUCCCAGUGAUCACUGGUUGAUUGAGGAAGAUUCCCGUUAGAAGCCUAGUUCGCGGAAUGAAGGAGGUGAAGAGCGAGCGGGAACGGGGGAGCCGGCGGAGGCACCGGGACGGAGACAUGGUGGUGGUGGCGGCGGCGGCGGUGGUCGUGAAGCAGGAGCGCCUCAGCCCCGAAGCCGCGCCUCCCGCCCACCGCCGCACCGAGUCGUCUGGAGGUAGCCCUACUCUGCCGGCGGGGGAGCCGAGUCGCCCGGGUCACCACGGAAACCGAGUACGAGGAGGCAGCCGGUCGCCAGCCAAAAAGAAAAGCAAGUCUUCAGGGAGAAGAAGCAAGUCUCCUCGGAGUAAGAGAAGCCGAAGUCCUCACCAUUCCACAGUCAAAGUGAAGCAGGAACGUGAAGAUCACCCCCGGAGAGGACGGGAGGAUCGACAACACCGGGAACCAUCCGAACAAGAAUACAGAAGGGCAAGAGACAGUGACCGAGACAGACACCGGGGCUCUUCUCACCAGAAGAGAACUUCUAAUGAAAGGCCUGGGAGUGGGCAGGCUCAGGGACGGGAUCGAGACGUUCAGAACCUACAGGCUCAGGAAGCAGAGAGGGAGUUUUAUAAUGCCAGAAGACGGGAGCAUCGCCAGAAGAAUGAAGUUAGUGGCAGUGGUAACGAGUCUCAGGAGUUGGUUCCUCGACCUGCCAGCAACAAUAAAGAAAAAGAGGUGCCCACUAAAGAAAAGCCAAGCUUUGAACUCUCUGGGGCACUUCUUGAGGACACUAACACCUUCCGGGGUGUAGUCAUCAAAUACAGCGAGCCCCCAGAAGCACGUAUUCCAAAGAAACGGUGGCGUCUGUACCCUUUCAAGAAUGAUGAAGUGCUUCCAGUUAUGUAUAUCCAUCGACAGAGCGCUUACCUCCUGGGUCGACACCGCCGGAUUGCAGACAUACCCAUCGACCAUCCCUCGUGUUCUAAACAGCAUGCAGUAUUUCAGUAUCGGCUUGUGGAAUACACUCGUGCUGAUGGGACUGUUGGUCGCAGGGUGAGGCCCUACAUCAUUGACCUUGGCUCAGGCAACGGAACCUUCUUAAACAACAAGCGCAUUGAGCCUCAGCGUUACUAUGAACUGAAAGAAAAAGAUGUGCUUAAAUUUGGAUUCAGUAGCAGAGAAUAUGUCUUACUUCAUGAGUCCUCAGACACCUCAGAAGUAGACAGGAAAGAAGAUGAGGAUGACGAGGAAGAGGAAGAAGUGUCUGACAGCUAGCAAACUAAGAAAAGACCCAAACUAUUGAGAGACAUUCCCUUCUUGGAAAACAUUGGGAUUGACUCAAAGAGCACCGUGGUGCUCUGUGUAAUGCCUUUUAUUGCCUUAAGUCUUUUCUUCUGUUGCUGACCAGCUUAUGUUACAGUUUAAGAAAACUGACUUAUGUUUGGUUGAACUUUUUUCUGUGGCAUGUCAGCCACAUGCCUGUGGGCAUUUGUUUUUGGAACAGUCUUCACCAAUUACAACACAUCGUGUUUUAGUAGAAGCAUUGUGGCUUUAGUUGGUGCUUUCAGAACUGUUGCCUAGGAAACUAAACCCUUGGUUAAAGGGAGAACUGUGGCUUGUUCUCUUUGUACAAUUACUUUAUUUAUAUAGUUGUUAAGCUUUGUGAACCAGGUUUUUGUUUUGUUUUGGGGGCAAACCCCUGAACAGAGAAUUUUACUAAGCUUUGGUAUCACCAAAACAGCCUCCAUUAUAUACCAAAUUUUGACCUGGUUGAGCUCUUGAGUCAUAGAAGUUGAUUUCGCAUUUAGUGUUUUGGGGAUGGAAAUUUAUCACAUGACCUCAUUAGACUGCUUAACUUAAACAUAUGCUUUAUGGAGCCUGCUUAAGCAUAUGACUGGACAGGAAGAUCAUGGCUACUGCCAGCAGGUGCUGAUUUAAUGUCUUGAGAGGCUGAAAUGGGUCAUGGAUCUGUUUCCUAUAAGAGAAUUUGUGAUUUCUCCAUGGAGCGUGUAUAUAAUGAUUUUGAUGAUCUUAUAGGUUUUUCAACUUUGUGUUUUUAUUCAGAUGUUAUCUCCUUUUUUCUUCUUUGGAAAUACACUGUCACUUAUGUGGGCAGGGUCCUUGCUUUAUUCUAGCUACAUGUGUAUUAGUCUAAAGGAGGUUGUAUAGUUUACAUGUUUCAUCUUUGAAAAACAUGUUUAGAUUCAUAAGUUAUAUUUACCCUCCCAGGGCUGAAAAGCAAGGGAAUUACUCAGUUUGCUAAUUUUCCACCAGAGAAAUAUGUGUAAGUAGAAAAGUAUUAUCUACUUACAUAUGUGUGUAUAUACAUAAAUUGUGUGUGAAAGAACUGCAUACUGAUUUUCCUAUGAGAAUGUUUCAUGAUAUAAAUGUAAUACUACUACGUUAUAGGCAAAGACCUCCUUGCAUCUGAAGGGCAGAUUUUCAUUUAUAUGUAUUUUUGGGAUAAAAAAUAAUAAAAUUUGUAAAUAUAGCCCCAUUUCAAAGGGUAAUACUUUCCAGGCAUAGAGGACCUUGUGUUCAUAGGUAUGUUUGCUGCUAAAGGAAUCUUUGUAUCAAAGUUUUUGAGGCAAAAAUAGGUAGUUAUGUUGGGGAGGGACCAGAAGAUACUAAAGAUAAAACCAUCACCUACACUGGAAUCCUGACUUGGGUGAGUAUGUGUUUGUCAUUUGAAGCAGCAGUGCUUUCUGAAUUGGCAGUGAAGGGUUUCUCCUUCCCUAAAUAGAGCGUGGAGCAGGGUUUUGCAUAGUUGGCCUUACACCCAUUUAUCCCAGUCCCCUUCAUUUCACCCCUACAGGGUGGUGGGUGGAGGGAGAGAUGAUGCAAGUCAAUGAGUGCUGCUGCCAACAACUCUUCUUGGGUGGAACUUUUGAUACUAUUAAAUUAGAUUUUCAUCCCCUUGGUUUUUUUCCUACUGUUUUUACAUAUGGUCUCACAUACCCACACAUACUCAUUGUAAAAUGUUGACUAGGGUAUGUGGGGGGGGGGGGGCAGCUGAUUAAUGUUCACUCAAAAGAACAUAAAAGAUGCUCCUUAAGUGAACAAAUAGAUGAAAAGUAAGAUGAAGGGACGGUGCAGUGCUGUAAGAGCAAUUAGCAUUCUUCCUCCCCCCCCCGGACAUUUGUUCUGUGUUGACCACUACAGCUGCUAUUUUCCUAAUUUUGAUACAUCACAGAUCACAUAUUACAUAUGUGUAAGCCUAGAAAGAUUUUGUUUUGAUGAAUUUUUCUCUGCUUCAUUCACACUUGAAACCACACUGUUUUUCUCUUUCUGGGAUUAGGCACCAAUUUAGUAUCUCACUUCCAGGCCUCCUCCUUCAGUUUGUGCUGCUGCCACUUCUUCCUGAUAACCUUGGGCUUUGUUUCAAACACCAUCCCAAUGGGUACUGUGAUAGUUGACCACUUUGCCUACAUUUUUCAGUAAGUGGUCUGAAUUGUGUAAGAAGCUUUUACAGUGGUGGAGGAAUAGCUUCCUGGGUUAAGAGAUUCUUCAGGUCAAAGGUGGGAAGGUUUUUCUCUGUUUUUGCUUUUAACCCCUCCCAUCCUUUUUUUAGGGGGAAGAAAAUGGGUCAAAGGUAAGAUAUCACCCAUCGCAAAAGGCAGAUAUCACCAGCAUUUGAAAUUGACAUAAUCGUAAGGUUUUCUUCUUGAACAGAUUCAUCCUGUUCAGAAACUCCUGUUCAUCUUAGCUAUUUGCAGCCUCUUUCUUCUCCACCUUUUCUCCACCCUGACUGGCUUGUCUUGAAAUCAUUACCCUCAGAACCAAGCUAACUGCAAAACAAUCCUUUGCUUCUGAGCCCCUCCCCUAAGUCCUCUGUGGUGGUUCACAGUUCGGCUGAGGUAUGGAAUAGAAUCUCCAGAUUUUCCCAUCAAACCUUCCUAGUCAUCUAGUUCCCUCAUUCUAAUAUUGACAAGGACAGCUAAUUAAGUACAACUGGUGAUGUAACUUUCAAAUACUUUUUAUUGUGUCUUGAUAAUAAAUGAAAGCAGAAACAAUCAGCUCAGAUAACUGAAAAAAUUUUUUUAGUUUUGUAUUAUUAUAUUGAGUAUGCCACUGUACCAUAAUAGCUUGGCUUUAUUUCAGGUCGAAAAUGGUGCAUAGAAGGUUCUAUUUUUUAACAUCCAGUCCUUUAUGGAAAUUAGUUCUGGAUCACUCACUGAAUUGAAAUAAUGUUAUGUUAAUCAGAGCCUAAGUAUAGCCCACAAAAAACAUGCCAGCAAUGUCUGUUUGUGAAAUAAUGUUUUGAGCACACAAUGUUCCUCAGUAUGUGAGCUUAUAGCAAGUGAAAAGGCUACUUAGUUUAAAUUAAAGUUUUGGAAUUUAAAACUUUAUCUGGUCUCUUGGGUAAAGUUUCCAGUAUAUUUAUCAAAUGGGAAACAAUUUUAAAACAUAGUUGAUUUGUUCACACUUACUCUGAAAUUAAAUUAAUCCAAUCAAUCAACAGAUGUAUAAGCCUGCUAUGCUAGGGGUUAGUUUACAACAGUGAGUUAGUAACAGGAAGCAAUAAUUUGGAGGUGGGCUGCAUCUUGUGAAGAGAUGGCAUUUAAGGUAGGCCUUAAAGAAUAGGUUGAUUUUGGACAAGUAGACCACUUUAUGCCCAGACAAAACAAUGUAGAGAACAGCAGGACUGGAGUGGAUUAUGUUUACCUAAACUCCCACACCAAGUCAGUAGUAGAGCUAGCAUGAGAAACCAUCACCAAGUCACAGCCAGAACUACCUGGAAAUUAUCAUGUUGAUUCAUGAGAAUAGACAAAUAUUCAGUAUUUGAAUGCCUAUGUAGUACCAUGAAUUGGGGCUUCAAUAUUAAAACUGGCUAAUACUGUAGGAACACUUUCUAUGUAUGAGGCACAUGUCUAAGCAUUUCACAUGCAUUACCUCAUUUCAUCCUCAUAACCCCAUGAGGCAAGUUUCUGUUCCAUUUUACAGAUGAAAAAACUGAAGCACAGAGGUUAAUGUCACACGAUGGUAGGAAGGACUGGGAUUCAAACCCAGUGACUAGCACCAGAUGCCACAUUCUUAAGUAUUCAUAUAGUUAACCACUCUUAUUACCAUCUUGAGAUGUACAAGGCUCAUCCCUCACAGAGUGAUAAAAUCAGCAGCCACAAGACAGUGCUAGAUAGCAGAAGCAUUUGAGAUUGUGGAAGUACAGAGAAAUAGGACUUGACAAAGCUUAGGGAGUCAGAGAAGAAUGAGUAGUUAGCCAGGAGAUGGCAGGGGUGAGGAAAGAGGAACGUUUCUAGGCAGAGAAUGGCACUCAAAUGCUUAAGGUGACAGGUUAGUGAGGCUUUGGAAGAACAUGAAUUUCAUUAGGGGAAAGAGGGUGAGUGAGACUUUCUUGUUUCUGAUAAUGAUGCACUGUUAUUUUUAUGAACCCUCCUACUGAAAACAGCUAAAAAUUCUGGAUAAAAUAUAAACCAAAAAAUUUAAGAACUGACAAAUCAGUAAAAAGCUAUCAGGAGAAAUGGAGCAAAGAUGCAUGGAAACCAUAUUUGAUCUAUAGGCAAACCAUAUUUGAUGUCAACAAAUCAGACCUUUCCUUAGGUUGAACAGGACUGAAAUUAAAACCCAAAGCCCACAUAAAAUGAGUCUCUUAGAUGUUUUCCACAUAAAGCAGGCAUGCCAAAUGACUUUUGGAGUAACAGAAAGAAUAAGAAAUUGAAUCCUCCCAAGGAUUUUCAGCCUGGUGGCUUAGGAAACCUCAAGCCUUGAACUUGGGUUAAGACAAACCUGUACCAUUAAUGCCUCCCAUA